AUGCAGCGACGAUGGUCCCUCCAAGCUGCAAGCCUCCGUCAAGACGGCCUUUUUCGCGCUACCACAGCUACGGUGAUCCUGUCUCGUCUCGGGGGAAUAUUCUCUGCAACUCCACUGCAGGAGGAUCUCUUUCAAGAAACCAGGGUUGUGGAGGCCAUUGAUAUCUUCGUCAGUCACUCCUGGGCAGCAGAUCGCUGGGCAAAGUUUCUGGCCAUGUGCUUCGCCUUGAACUUGAGCCUGGCAAUGAAGUCCACACUCGCCGCAAUUCUUCUGGGUCAAUGCUUGCUUGGACUUCUCCCUGCGCAGUCAGUUAGCAUGGUCUUUCUGGUCGCCAUGGAUGUGCCGGUUCUCGCCUUCUUCCUUGUGCUCUUGUUCGGACAGCAAAUCACUUGUGGGCUCUGGGGCCCCAGCCUUUGGCUAGACAGAAUCUGCGUCAAUCAGAACAUCCAGUCGGACAAAAAGAGGGCCAUCGCAGGCCUUGCUGCUUUCGUGGCGCGCUCGUCACAGAUGCUGGUGCUCUGGGACGAGACAUACUUUCAGAGGCUAUGGUGCAACUUCGAGCUAUCUGUCUUCCUAAAGUGCCACGACGUGAGGAAGUUGCAGUUCGUUCCACUCUGGCUCCCACCAUGGCUUCUGACCACAAUGACAUGCUGCUAUGCUGGAGGACGUCUCGCCGCCAUCGCUGCAGCGUUCGCUGACAUCCAGGCUCUUGAAGAUCAGAGUGGUAGCCAACACGCGGGUCGUGGCACUGCCCUGGCUUUCGGAACGAACCGAUUGCUGAAGUAUAUCGCAGAUGGCCAGGGCUUCCUCGUCUUCUUCAUUCCUUCAUUGAUAUUCAGCAUCGUAUCCUUCCAUGCAAAGCUUCAAGGCCACCGGCUGAUGCUUCAAAGCAUCCGAAACUUCGACCUAAGAGCAGCGGACUGUGCCAUUGAAGAGGAUCGGCUUCAAAUCGAGGCACAAGUCUGUGAGCUUUUCGAUGGACUCGAGGAGCCGAUAAUUGUAUCACCAAUUGAAUCUACUGCUACAUUCUCGGACAGCGAGGAGAUCAGCUUGCCAGUGCUGUCAGUGGAGGAGAGGCGUUCGAUACGUGCAGUCACAGGUUAUGCUAAUGAUGGCGAGUGCAUCGGCGCCUUUAAUUCGUACGUGCAUGGGCCCCUUCUAAAUGCAGUCAUGGAAGACCUGGGAGACGAAGUGCAAGCACCAUGGCUUGUGUGCUCCUUGAGUUUUCUUCCUGCAACCCUGUGUUUCGUGGCCUUGACGUUGACUUCGGCACCUGACUUCCGCAGCGCAGGCUUUCCUUCGGCUGAGCUCUUCGUCGCCGAGAACUACGUUCAGAUUCUCUGCAUGACCUUGCUUAUUCUACCGUUGGCACAUCCUCUGCUUCUACGUGCAAUGAGCUUCUUUGCAACCAUAGAUGGACCCGGAGUGCUCAGGGGCAUGUUGGCCCUGGCAGCAGGCAUUGCUAUCUACAGCUUUCUUCUGCUCGUGUCGUCUAUACUAACUGGAAUGCUGGAAGUCUUCGUGCUAACACUGCAUGUCGCAUUUCUUGCUGGGUUCUUGGUGUCCUUUCUGCUUGUUUUCGUUGCAAGCCGUAGUCUUUUUGGUGGCAGCCACUGGCUGUGGCAGCUUCCGGAGAUAUCUUGCAGGUGCCUGGCCCGAACUUAA